AUGGUAUCCUUGGAUAUUGCUAGAAUGCACAACAGUUGGGAGCCAGAGGAAAAUAUUUUGGAUCCAAGGUUACUGGCAGCGUUUCAUAAGAGAGAACAAGAGAGGGAGCUGCUGUUCCAGAAAAAAGGAAAGAGGCCCCGGGGACGUCCACGAAAGAUCCUGCCGCCUCCCCCCGCUGUGACUAAAGACCGCUCCUCGUCCUCCUCUUCCUCCGGCCUCUCAUCGUCUGCCUCUUCCUCCGAUGAUGAGGAUCACUCAAAGAAGUCCAAGCCGGCCCCCCGCGCCCACCCCGUCCCGCAGAAGAGGCCUCAGAUCCUCCUGGCCAAACCGGAGCCGCCACGCAAGAAGAAGCGUGGGAGGAAGCCGCUCCACCCUGACCUGAAGGCGCUGAGGCAAGCCAAGAGCAGACCGUCCCCUCCUCCUCCCCCUCCCCCGCCCCCACCACGGCACCACCAGGCCCUCAGACUGCCCAGGGACGAGCCCCGCCCCGGGGUGAAGAAGCCGCUGCAGCCGGCCAGCUUCACCUACACCGGGCUGAGCCGCAGCUCCAGAGAGGACGCCGCCGCCCACACCACCUCCAGCUUCUCCCAGAGUUCCGCCUCCAAGUCUGGACCUGUCAGCAGCAUGUGGACGAGUCGCUCCAUGUCGCCGUCCUCCUCGUCCUAUAAGAGCGGUCCAUCCUCUCACAGUAAAAACUCUCUGUCUGAGCUGAAGCGCUCGCUCUCGGAAACCUCCGGAAACAGAGAUGGCUUCAAGGGGGGCGGGGCCCUGAUGCACAGCGGUUUCAGUCAGACGGUGCCACGCUCCUCACUGAGUCACAGGAGGACAGAAGGAGGAGCAUCCCAAGCCGGGGCGCUUCAGCACAAACAGCAGAGCCUUUCCAAACCGUCGUCAUCGCCAACGCCACGAGACCGAGCCAGCCAGGCUCUCAGCCUGCGGGCGCUCAACCUGCAGAGCGUCAGCAAGACGCCAACCAGCAGCAGCGCCGCCGCAGCUGCAGCGUCUAGAGCAAGUCUACGGAGUGGCGGCGUGGCAGUUAAAGGAGGCGGCGUGAAAGAGACUCGAACAUCCUCAGUGCAGCGCUCCAGCAUGUCUGCAGGCGGCGCUGCAGAGCACAGCAGGGUGAGAGACGACCGCGGGAAGGAAGUGUCAGCAGAGAGUAAGAAGCUGGGCAGCGGCGUGGAGAGGAAACACGGUCUCGGCUCGCAAACACGCAGCCUGAACGAGCUCAGCACCGGAGACUCUGACGAAACCAGCAGCAGCGAAUCAGAGCACGGCGCCUCCCUGUUUCCAAACAUCAGCCGGCCCAGCUACGGAGACGACGCCACAGAGUCGGACACGGAGACGGACUGGAGGCCGGCCCACAGCCUCCUGGAGCACGUGUUCGUCACAGACGUCACCGCCAACUUCAUCACGGUUACGGUGAAGGAGUCGCCGACCAGCGUGGGAUUCUUCAACUCCAGAAAUCACUGAAGGAAGGAAACAACCCCUCACAACCCGUCUUCUACAGUUCUCAGUGUUCCUACGGCGCCAUGCACGCCACUUGACAGAAACGUGCACAAAAUGUUCCGGAACUUUUUUUAGAGUCCGGACAAACGGACAGAUCCCACGGUUUCAUUCAGAUGGAAAAAAAGACGGAAACAUAAAAGAAAUGUAGGAACCCUGAUGUUUGACCCCGUUUACACCUGUUUGAACAUGCAGCUUUUCUACGGCGGCCCUGAAUGUCAACUGCUAAAACAUGUCAGUGAUGCACAAAAACAUUUCAUCAACUGCAUUAAACAUUUCAGAAGAAUACUUUAUGAAACACCAAAGUGUCUGAAACAAACAAGAAAACUGUUUUAAGUGAGACAAAAAUACAUAAAUGUAAAAUAAAUAACAGUAAAAACAUUUAACCAAAUGGAAAAAGUCAUGACAUACAAAAGCUUUCUGUGAAGACAAAACAUUUUAGUGAAACUCUAAAAGAUCUAAUUAUAGACUUAGGAAUAUUAACCAUUUAACCAUAUUUGUGUUAAAAAUAUUUAACAAAAAAAUGAAACUUUUUUAUCAUACCCGAGACAAAAACUCUUUAAAAUGUAAAAAUACUUUGGGAAGGGCAGGAUCACUUAUUGACCUGUGCAUAUGUCCUGUCUCUCUUCAACUGUCCUUUCAAAAUAAAAACUAAAAGCUUUAAUAAACUACCCUGCAUAAAAAAUUUAAAAAAAUGAAAAUAUGUUGUUGUGACAUGAUAAAAUAUUCCCUGAAAUACAAAAACAUUUUGUGCUGCACGAAAAUAGGGAAUGGAGUGAUUUAAUUUAUUUUAUCAUCUUUAUUAUUAUUAUUAUUUUGAAACAUGUAAACAUGUUUUUUAAAUGUGUUGUAUCAUUUCAAAGACGGUAAAAACAUUUGUGAAAAACCAAUGCUGUUUAACUUUUUAUUAGGAACACAAAUUUAGUGUAACAUUUUUGAAAACACAAAAACCUCAUAAAUAUUUUUUAAAAUAUCCAAAACAUUUCUCGAAGCAUUUUGUCAAAUGCAGAUUACUUUCUGAGAUGCAAUAAAUUCCAGGAAAUCAAAAAAAACAAAGCGAAACACAAAAAACCUUUUAAAAUUUAAAAAUAAUUUUUCGAAAUGCAGAAAUACUUGGUGAAACAUUUGAAAAGCAAAAAAAAGUGAAAAACCACAGUGCUAAAAAAUUCUGAAUAAGCUAAAACAUUUCAGGAAAGAUUUCUUAAAAAACAAAAAAAAUUACAAAUUAUUUUGUAAA